AUGAGCAGGAUUCUGCUGGAAUACGUAAGUCUUGGCUCCCGCAUUGAGAGUAUGGCCAUCUUCUACCACUAUGCCUAUCGCAGUCGCAGAUGGACCAAGAUCAAAGGAGCAAGACCUGAUGUCAUCUUCGACAAAGACACUACGUGGUGGACUUACGUACAACCUGAAGAGUAUCCUCCAGUGAUUGGCUGUGGUACUACGCUCCAAGCGGCCUUGCAAGGCCUUCUUGAUCAGCUGCAAGUGGGUCCGCAGCAAUGGAUGGCCAUCGUCCGUAAGCAUAUGUUCGCGAAUCAAGCCACCGAUCGCAGCCCAGGAAUGACACCACAUCCGGGUCUUUCUGUCUACCCAUUCGCGCAAGGAUCUAGCUCCAACUCUGGCAAUUCCUCGUCAUUCACUUCAACACUACCCAACCCACUACCGCAUAACCCGACGUGUGUUGCUCCACCUGCCGAACGUGGUCCGCUCUUACAAAAGGUACAGCAGUUGUGUAAUUCUAUACGAGAGACGAUCCCGGAUGUCACAACCUUCAUCCAGCGCCCAAUAAGCAGCUCAACAACCUGGGCUGCUCCGGUCAAGCUCCAUCAGCAGAUGCCCACAAUGACCCCCAACUACAUGGGACCUCGGCCAUCCAACCUCCACACCUCCGCCGGCUUGGUGUCACCCACUGUUCCAAACGACAGAGUAGUUCCAGCGGAUAUGACCAAUCCGGCAGUGUCUCAACCUUUCGUUCAGGGAGCGCUCACUUCAAGCUUCUUGAAUCAGACAACUUCGGAUCAGAUUGGUCAGCCAUCUGCCCCCUUCUGCGAAGCGACUCAGAUCGAACAUGACUUAUCUUCAUUGCCGGCCCACUAUACGUCUGUCAAUAUUCCACAAGUUGACCAACCCAAACAAGGAGAUGAGAUGCACGGUGCAUCCGGCCAAACACCAAACCCAGGUACUGGAGAACGAGCUCAAAAGCGAACCCAAGUCGAGGAGUACUCUCAAGUAAUCAGGGUCGAGCCGCAGUCUAAGGUGAUCAAGUUCGAAGAUCAGCCUCAAAAAUCCGAUUCCGAAGAACAGCUCCAUGAAAUCAAAGCUGAAGAAAGACCCUCGAAGAAGAUCAAGAUUGAGUACUCAGAUUAG